AAGAUGCCCUGCUGUGAGCUGCUCUAUGGAGUGGUCUGUGUGGCAGCAACUGAAGAUAAUCUUCAACUGCCAGCCAGCAAAAAUCAGAGGUCCUCAGUCCAACAUCCCACAAGGAACCGAAUUCUGCCAACAACCAUGUGAGAUGAGACUGCAGUCCUGGUCAGAAAUGCGAUUGCAGCUUUCAGAAGAGACUCUGGAAUAGAGGACCCAACAAACGGAUGCCUGGACUCCUGACCCAAACCCACAGCAAUGGAAUCGGGACGUGCUCGCCCCUGAAGGUUAAAGCUGAUGUUUGCCCCUCCAGGAAACCUCUUUCCACCAAAGCAUCUCUCACCAUCAUCCCUGGCCUACGGAGGUUAUCUGCUUUUCAAGAAUGCCAACUCCUCUCUCACCAAUGUGUGUUUUUUCUGGAGCACAUCAAGGAUUGUGUGGCAUCUGACUUCUGCACCGGCCACUAUUGAGACUCACGUUUAGACAGCCAAGCAAGAAGUGUGAACCUCUUCAUAAUCUUGCUAUUCUUUUGGUAUGUAAGUCUUCUCUUCCCAGGUUUGGUUUUGAUUUCAGGACAUUCUAGAAUCUGACUCUAGUUAUGGAUCUGCAGAUCAUGAGCAGAGUAAGGGGUGGGCCAUGAGGACAUCCCCUUGCAAGGUGACCAUUCAGUGCGCUCCGUACAGGGUCUCUAAAUAAAACAGGACCAGCCUCAUGGGAGGAAGCGCCGUUCUCAUUUGAUUGGCCUACGAGGCUCUGUGUGUCCUGGGGUUUCAGAUUCUUGGGGUUAUCUAACACCUCCAAAAUAUUUCCACUCCAGUACUCAGGGGAAGAACCACCUUUCCCCAAUCAAUGCCUGAAAGUCAUAGCAGGACUGUGAAUUCAGUCGAUUUUGAGAUUCAUCAAUCUUCAGGCUCUGCCUCUGCCUCUAAUUUUCAGCUUCAUUAGCCUUGAAACUGCAUGACAUAAAAGAGCACUUGAAGGAAGUCACAGAAACUUUCUCACUCACUGACCAUGCUUCGAAGUGAGAAUUUAAAUCCCUGAAAAUGUCAUUUCUUCCCUUUAAACUUCGUCAUGCAGUUAGAUGGAACUGCUCACCUCGUGGCCUUUAUAAUCCCUGCUCUGCAGCCCCCAGGGCCUUGCUUUCAACAGGCACUUCAUUCUGUGUCACGAGAGGUGAUAACUUUGGUGUUCUGCCACUGGGUGACGUGGACAUCUAUGAACACAACUCAUGAUAUAAUCAAAAUGUGAUUUUAUAUUUGUUUCUCACCAACUCUUUAAACUUUAUUCAGGGGUUAGAGAAAGAGAACAUGGCCUUCCUCUAGCGCUGAAGGAAACUUCUGACGGCUUCUAUGGCUUCUCUUCCCUGCUAACCCUCACCUCUACCCACUAACUGUCAUUUUCUUUCUCUUCCAGGGUUGAAGGUAGGGUAGAGAUGAGAGGAAAAAGGGGUAAGUGAGUCACUACUUGAUCUGGUGGCUUCGUGCUCUCUGGGGCUUCAGAUGAGUAAAGCUGGUAACCCCCAGGGGGCCUGGACGAUGGCUCAAGCUGAUUCUUUCUCUUCUGCCCCUUGAAUAGGAAUGUUGGAGAGGCUCCCUGCAGGCCCCCUCUCCUGCAGUUCCCUUGACUCAAGUGGAUGUAUCUCUAUUCCAACUCAUCUCUUUCAACUCCUUCCUCAGCCUCUGGAUAUCCAGUUGAACACGCUCAGCUGCUUACUGCGGAGGUCCGUCUCAGAGGACCUGGUAGACAGGACCCAAACUUUGUCUUGUGUUACCCCCAUAUGGUCUUAGGAAGUCUCCUUCGUCCUUUGCCUCAGUAGACUCCAGGAGUGCCCACCGAUCCCAGUACAGAAGCCGUGCUUGUUCUUCCAUCUCCAAAGCAUGUAGCCCGCUCUGUAAUGGAGGCAAACAUUCUGAAUUUUCUUGGUGGAGUUGGACUUCAGUUCGCAGCGCGCUCUCAGUUUCUUGCUCUUUAGUCAGGCCAGCCCAGUCUUCUGUGUCUUCCAACUGCAAGGCACACGUUUCCGAGCUCUCCCAGUAGACAACUAAAAACCUUCUCACUAGGCUUAGGGUUGGGAGAUAGAGCCUCUGCCUCUCAUCCUAAGGGGAGAGGGCCCACAGCAGAGCAAAAGCCUCUUCAAAACAAUCUCCUCAACCAUCUUCUACUAAAUCUUCCCACUGACCCCUUUCGUAUCUUUGAUUUCAUCGAGAGCACUGGGAGAUGUGGACAAGGGUCUCCUUCACUUCUGUUCUAAA